AUCAGAAGGGCAGUUCCAUUUUCGGCGCCACCGAGCACCACGUUCUUCAAAAAUCUCCUAAUUCAAUCUCAGCCCUCUUGCCUCCGCCAUCAUGUCGAGUCAUAUGUACGAUGACCAGCCCUAUGCAGUGUCACGACGUCAUUCGGUAAAAACACCUCCUCCUUCAUCCACGCCCCGGCACAGCAGAGGGCGCAGCCAGAGCGUCCGCGUGAGCAAUGGAACUGCCAGCACAAAUACCAGCAUCUCAAGUGGGAGGAUGUCGGAAGCGACGAAUAUCACUCAACCACCGGCAUACUCGAAAAAGUUCGUUGUGGUGGGAGAUGGUGGAUGCGGAAAGACAUGCCUCUUAAUUAGUUACUCGCAAGGGUAUUUUCCGGAGAAAUACGUCCCGACAGUUUUUGAAAACUACAUCACACAAACCGUCCAUCGGGCCUCAGGGAAGACGGUCGAACUUGCCCUCUGGGAUACUGCAGGCCAGGAGGAGUACGACCGUUUGCGCCCGUUAUCCUAUCCGGAGACUGAUUUGCUCUUUGUUUGCUUUGCUAUUGAUUGCCCCGCCUCUCUAGAAAAUGUGAUGGAUAAGUGGUAUCCCGAAGUCCUGCAUUUCUGCCCCACGACUCCGAUCAUCCUGGUUGGGUUAAAGUCCGAUUUGCGCAACAAAAGGACUUGCAUUGAACUCCUCAAAACCCAAGGACUGACGCCAGUGACCCCGGAGCAAGGUCAGGCAGUGGCUCGGCGGAUGAAUGCCUCGUACAUUGAAUGUAGUAGCAAGGAAAUGCGCGGUGUGGACGGGGUGUUCGAAACGGCUGUUGACACUGUUGUGUCGGCUGAAGAACAGUUUAGCUGGAACAACCGCCAAAGUCAUAACACCAGUGGUAAAGCUACUGGAGGUGGCGGUGGCCCCAAGAAGGUCAAGAAGCGUACAUGCAAGAUCUUGUAGACCGCUUUUCUUCUCUCUCGACGUGUCCCAUGCCCCCCUCUCUGUUUUUGUUUGAUAUGCUCCUGUUUUCCGCCGAGAGAAGCCUGGUUGCUUCGGCGGUUUGCUUCUCCU